UUCCAUAGGAGCAAACCUGUUAGGUAUUUUGUGUUCUUCCUUCCAGAUUUUUUUCAGUGCAUUUACAUAUGUACAUGUGUACAUAUACAUGCACAGAAAAGAAUAUGUAGCCUAUUUUCAAAAGCCUAAAUAUUAUACCACUUUUGUGCAACUUGCUCUUGUUAUUUAACAGUGUCUUGGAACUCUGUCCAUUACCUAGAGUGAAAUUUAUCUACACAUGCACACAAACUGCAUGUGUCUGUGUUAUGUAUGCAUGUGUAGUUGACACACAAUGUCACAUUAGCCUCAUGCACAAACCUGUGUGUGUCUGUGUAUUUGACUAUGGUUGACAUACAGUGGCACUUUGGCCUCAGGUGUACAAAAUAGCGAUUUGACAGUUUAUACAUAUGCUGUGAUCACCACAAGUGCAGCCACUGUCUGUCCCAUAAAUAUGGAAUGCUUCAUGAAUUUGCAUGUCAUUCUUGCUUGGGGGCCAUGCUAAUCUUCUCUGUAUCAUUCCAAUUUUAGUAUAUGUGCUGCUGAGGCAAGCAAGCACUAUAUUUCUUUCUUACAGUUAAGUUUUUCCUUUAUAAAUUUAGAUAAAUAUAAGUUUUAUUAAGCUUUCAAUUUUGGAAUAGCUUUACAUUUAUAGAAAAAUUUUCUCUUGAAAUUUUCUCACUUUCUCUUGUUCUUGAAAUUUUAUAUUUGUAUGAUACAUUUGUCACAAUUAAUGAAUGAAUAUUGAUAUAUUAUCAUUAACCAAAGUACAUACUUUAUUCAGGUUUGCUUAGUUUUUACCCAGUGUCCUUUUUUUAAAAAAGUUUAUUGGGGCACCUGGGUGGCUCAUUUGGUUAAGCGUCUAACUCUUGAUUUUGGCUCAGGUCAUGAUCUCACAUUUCGUGGAUCCGAGCCCUGCAUUGACAGCUCAGAGCCUGGAGCCUGGUUCAGAUUCUGUGUCUCCUCCUCUCUCUGCCCCUCCCCCACUGGCGCUGUCUCUGUCUCUCAAAAAUAAAUAAAUGUUAAAGAAAAAAUUUUUUAAGUUAAUUUUUGAGAGAGGGAGGGAGAGUGAGUGGGUGAGGGGCAGAGGGAGAGAGAGAAUCCCAAGCAGGCUCUGUACUGUCAGCAUAGAGCUGGCAUAGGGCCAGAUCUCAUGAAUUGUGAGAUCAUGACCUGAGCCAAAAUCAGAAGUCAUAUGCUAAACUGACUGAGCCACCCAGAUGCCCCCCAUAAUGUCUUUUUUUCUGUUCAGGGAUCCUACCCAGGAUACCAUGUUACAUUUAGUCAUUAUGUCUAUUUAGGCUCUUCUUGGCUACAGCAAUUGCUUAGAUUUUUCUUGCUUUUGAUUAUCUUGAUAGUUUCAGGAGUACUGGUCAGGCAUUUUAUAAAAUGUCCCUCAAUUGGGAUCUGUCUGAUGUUUUUCUCACAACUGGAAUGGGGAGAUGGGUUUUUGAAAGGAAGGCCAUGACUUUGUAAAUUUUAAAAAUAAAAUUUAAUCUAAAAAAUCAAAUCGGGAUGCUUCGGUGGCUCAGUUGGUUAAGUAUUCAACUCUUGAUUUCUGCUGAGGUCAUGAUUUCACAGUUUAUGGGAUCGAGCCCCACAUUGGGCUCUGUGCGGGUGUGGAGGCUGCUUAAGAUUCUCUCUCUCUCUCCCUCUCUCUCUCUCUCUCUCUCUCUCUCUGCCCAUCCCCUGCUCUUGCUGUCUGUUUUUCAAAAAAUAAAAAUUUUAAAAAUUAAAUACUGAAAGGUUUAUAAUGAGAAAUGGCCCUAACUCUUUGCAUUCCCUACCCCUACCCCCAGUUGUUAACUCUUUUAGUUCUCAUUGUUUAAUUCCAAAUUUCUGAAUAAAAUGCUCAUGGUGCCUUUUAUUUUUUUGACUGAUCGGUUUUAGACACACUAUAUUUCAUUCUUGUUAAGGGUAAUAAGAAUUUAGCACUUUUAUAACCUAGCUUCUUUCCUAACCAGUAAUUUCAUAAAACUUAAAGUGCAAUAAUAGUGCCUAUUAUGACUUUGCAAAUACUGUUCAAUGCAAAUCAGAGAUCCUUUUCUGUAUGGCCUUCUGGAUUUUCGUAAUAGUUAAAAAUGGCCUUUCUUUUCAUACAUAUUGGUCCCUGACUUACAGUGACUUGGAAUUUUUUGACUAGAUGAUAGUGCAAAAGUGAUAUAAUUCAGUAAAAACUAUAUUUUUGAAUUUUGAUCUUUUCCCAGGGCUAGCAAUAUGUGGUAGGGUACUCUCUGGUGAUGCUGGGUGUGGCAGUGAGGUGAACUCCCCAUCAACCAUGGAGUCAUGAGGGUUAACAACCCAUAUGCUUACAACCAUUCUGUCUCCAUACAGCCAUUGUGUUUUUCACUUUCAGUGAAAUAUUCAAUAAAUUACUUGAUAUAUCCAACACUUUAUUAUUAAAUAGGCUUUGUGUUGGAUGAUUUUGUCCAACUGUAGGCUAAUGUAAUGGUUCUGAGCAUGUUUGUUAAAUUAGGUGUAUUAAAUGCAUUUCUGACUUAAUGAAAAAAAAUGUUUCUUUGUUUUUUUUUUUUAACAUUUAUUUAUUUUUGCAAGAGUGAGAGAGCAGGAACGGGCAAAGAGAGAGAGGUAGAUACAGAAUCUGAAGCAGGUUCCAGGUUCUGAGCUGUCAGCACAGAGCCCUCUGUGAGGCUCAAACCCAUGAAUUGUGAGAUCAUGAUCUGAGGCCAAAGUCGGACACUUAACUGUGAACCAUGGUUGGUGAACCACCGACACCCCAGUAUUUUUAAUUUACAAUGAAAGGGUUUAUUGGGACGAAAUCCCAUUAUAAGUCCAGGAAGUUCUAUUUAUAUGUAUUGGCAUCUUCAUUUUCUGCUCUAUUCUUUGUGUUCUGUGAUAAAAUCAAAGACAAAAUUAAAGAGAGAGAUAAAGAGAGAGAGAAAAAGAAGCAUAAAGUAAUGAAUGAGAUCAAGAAAGAAAAUGGAGAAAUAAAGAUUUUGCUGAAAAGUGGGAAGGAGAAACCAAAAACAAAUGCAGAAGACUUACAAAUUAAAAAAGUAAAGAAGAAAAAGAAAAAGAAACACAAAGAGAAUGAAAAACGGAAGCGUCCAAAAAUGUAUAGCAAAUCUAUUCAAACCAUCUGCUCAGGAUUGCUAUCUGAUGUUGAAGAUCAAGAAGCCAAAGGCAUCCUAAAUGAUAAUGUAAAGGAUUACAGUGGAAAGAAUUUGGAUACCAAGAACUAUGAUUCCAAAAUUCCAGAGAACAGUGAGUUUCCAUUUGUCUCAUUAAAGGAGCCACGGGUUCAGAAUAACCUCAAGAGGUUGGACACGUUGGAGUUCAAACAGCUCAUUCAUAUUGAGCACCAGCCUAAUGGAGGCGCAUCUGUUAUCCACGCCUACAGUAAUGAACUCUCCCACCUGUCUCCUGUGGAGAUGGAGAGGUUUGCAGAAGAGUUUGUGGGUCUAGUGUUCAGUGAAAAUGAAAACUCUGCAGCUUUCUAUGUAAUGGGUAUUGUUCAUGGGGCAGCUACUUAUUUACCUGACUUUUUAGACUACUUUUCAUUUAAUUUUCCCAAUUCACCAGUGAAAAUGGAGAUAUUAGGAAAGAAGGAUAUAGAGACAACGACUAUGUCCAAUUUUCAUGCUCAGGUAAAAAGAACAUAUUCUCACGGUACUUACAGAGCUGGCCCAAUGCGACAGAUCAGCUUGGUGGGAGCAGUUGAUGAAGAAGUGGGAGAUUACUUCCCCGAGUUCCUUGACAUGUUGGAAGAUUCACCAUUUUUAAAAUGUACACUGCCAUGGGGGACACUAUCUAGUCUAAAAUUAGAGAGUCGAAAAGACAGUGAUGAUGGUCCCAUCAUGUGGGUACGCCCAGGAGAACAAAUGAUCCCUGUGGCCGAUAUGCCAAAGUCACCUUUCAAAAGGAAAAGAACUACCAAUGAAAUAAAAAACCUGCAGUACCUACCUCGAACCAGUGAGCCCCGUGAGAUGCUCUUUGAAGACAGGACAAGAGCCCAUGCAGAUCAUAUAGGACAAGGUUUUGAACGACAGACUACAGCUGCUGUUGGAGUGUUGAAGGCUGUGCACUGUGGAGAGUGGCCUGCUCAACCCCGAAUAACCAAAGAUGUAAUUUGUUUUCAUGCUGAAGAUUUCUUAGAAGUAGUUCAACGAAUGCAGUUAGAUUUACAUGAACCUCCACUGUCCCAGUGUGUCCAGUGGGUUGAUGAUGCAAAACUUAAUCAACUGAGGAGGGAAGGCAUCCGUUAUGCCAGAAUUCAGCUGUAUGAUAAUGACAUUUAUUUUAUUCCAAGGAAUGUUGUUCAUCAGUUCAAGACAGUUUCAGCUGUAUGCAGUUUAGCAUGGCAUGUUCGGCUCAAGUUAUAUCACUUAGAGGAGGACACUGUACAGAAUACAGCUACUCAUGAAACAGGCACAUCACCAGAUACCACAUCAUCAGUUCUUGGACCUCACACUGACCACAUGCUUUGUGCUAUAAGCAAAACCUCCUUGGAUUCUAAUUUUUCAGACAAACUUCAUUCUAAAUCUGAACUGCAGCAGAUGAAACAUGAACCUAUUCCAUCUGUAAGAAUCAAGGAAGAACCUGUGAAUGUUUAUAUUCCUGAAAAGACUAGAGCACCGAAUAUGGAUGGCAAGAAUGUUAAAGCAAAAUUGGAUCAUGUUCAAUUUACAGAAUUUAAGAUUGACGUGGACUCUAAAUUUGAAAAUACCAACAAAGAUUUAAAGGAAGAAUUAUGUCCUGGAAGUCACAUAAGUCUAGUUGAUACAAGACAACCUAGUUCAGCACAUUCAAAUCAAGAUAGAAAAGAUGAUGACAUUUUGUGCUGAAUUUGUACAUACCAUUUACAAUUCUUUUUUUUUUUUUUAAGUUAAUAAUGUAAUAAAGAUUCGUGAAUUCUGAAAGCAAGCCAAGGACUUGCUCCCAAGUCUGUUACAAAAUAGAGUUUAUGUAGCUUUGUAACAUUCCUCAGUGCCUGUCCAUAACUGUGAAGUAUCAAAGCACUUAGGGCCAGAUGCACUGUAAACAUUACAGGUUUAAACAGAAGGAGUCUUUAAAAAAAUCAUUGGAUUUGGAAUUGUAGGUUUUAGAAUAGAGCUGACAUUAACAUAUACAUAUAUAUAUAUAUAUAUAUGUUACAUAUAUAUAUGUAUACAUAUGUAUGUAUAUAUAUGUAUAUAUAUAUGUAUUAACAUAUAUAUAUAUGUAUAUAUUUUGUAAUAUGAGCCAGAAUUCUUUUUUGACAAUUUAAAGGCUUUUCCAUAGAGCUUAUUUAUACCAAUUUUUUUUUUCAUUUUACUGUGUCAGCACUGUAGUGUAAAUAGCUUUUAAAAACUCUUUUUAGUGUGAUUUAUACUGAAAUGUGAGCCACUUAAUAAAGGUUCAUAAUAAUAAAUAUGUUUUCUGUUGGGUCUGCAUAAAGACAAACUGACAAUUCAGUUAAAUCAUUUGGUCUGUUAUGUUUCUGCUGGUGUAUGCAUUUAGAGUGGUAAUGGAGUGCAAUGUACGUAUUCAAAUCUAGUGAAUAUUUAAAUUCUCCACACUGUGUAAGCAUUUUUAAAACCAAGGUUCAGUUAUGAAAGCAUAUUUAUAUAUGUAUGUAUGUAUGGGAAUAUAUAUAUAUAUGUAUAUCAUAUUUUGCAUAACUUCUUAAAUUGCUGAAUAAGAUGAAUAUGUGAAACUUCCUAGCCUCACUCCCUGGAAUAUGUUUUAAAAUAUUUAUAUUCAACAUUAAGAAAGCAGUUUAGGUAAUAGAAACAGUUUUAUAAAGUUGGGAGAAACAAGGUCUGUUAGUGAUAUCUAACUCUUCUAACUAAUGAAGUUUUGUGGCCAGAUUGCAUAGCCCUAAGGUAAAUUUUCUCUGUAGUGUGUGGAAUGAUAAGUUGAGAAAAUUUUCUUACUAAUCAGCAUCUGUACUAUAUAUACUUCGUAGAAGCUGGGUAAAAAUCUUUAGUUACAGAAUGUUUAGUUGUGAGCAGUUAAAAUCCUUUUUUACAUUUUUCUUGCAGAACAGGAGGAAAAUACGACAAAUACAAAAUCGUAAGGGCAAUGACUCAGCUGCCAUACAGAGAUAGAACUAACAAAAUAAGAUGUGUUACCUCAUUUUUCUAAGGAUCCUUCUCCCUACCUUAGCAGGUAAACAACUUAGAGUACUUUUUUCCCCCCACAAAAAAGCUCUAGAAAGUAAAAUUAGGGUAGAAACAUGAUUGCCAGUGCCUACCUAAAGCUUAAAACAAAUCUCUUCAAUGAUGGACUUCAGCACUAUUUGAGACUGCUUCCACUACUGUAAUUGAAAGUCAAACAAAUGUCUUUAAUGUAAGCUUUGAUAUAAGGAAUUCUCAUUGCAGAUCAAUUUUAUUUACCUUUGGUAUUUUUCUGGGCUCUUACUUUGGUUGAUGACUUUUAACUGGGGUUCUUUUGGGCUAGUGUUGCUAUUUAAAUUGUUUCUGUCCCAGCCUUAUUUGUGGUACCCAUAAAACUGCUUAUCUUUCUGGUUAGGGAGAAAAAAUAAUUGCAGCAGUGAUAUUUCUGGCUCACAGUUUACAAGGGUAGGCAAAUAUUGUAGGAAAUCUCAGUGGUUUACAGGAAAUCAAUAUGUUUGUAACAUAGGAAUUUUCAUGGGAUAAGGAAGGUAUAAAUCAUGAUAAUGUAAAUAGGGAUUUUGUUUUAUAUGUUACUGCCUUAGCCUGCUCUUCACCACUUAAAUCUUCUCUUUUAAGCUGAAUUUAUCGUUUGCAUCUACCUUUUGGAUACAAAAGUUAAUAACAAACCAGUAUUGAGAAGUAGGAGAGCAUGUGGUUAAAAUGUUUUUCUGUUUUUCUUUUUUUAAUUGAAGGGUGAUAUAUUUAACAACGUUUUCGUUUCAGUUUUCCAGUAGUAUACACAUAGAUGCAUGAGAUCAUACAGUAAUAAAAUGUCUUUAGGGUAUCCGUCCAAAAUAUUAUGAGCCUUAAAUUUUAACUAAAAGACUUAUCUAAAACAACCACGGUGGUUGCUUUUAGGUAUAGUUUCUUUUAUAAACAAUACUCAAAACUUGUCCAUAUUUUGAAAACGUAAUGUUUUGUAAAAUGCAUACACAUCUCUGGAAGUGAAAUACAAAUCACUGGGCUCAGAUUUCAAUAUAUAGCCUUGUCACCUUGAAUAAUGCUAUGUUCCUUGUCUUACGGGUUAUAAUUUUAAAAUCCUCUUCAGAUGCAAUCUGAGAACUUUCUGACUACCUUUGUUACACACAAAUAACUUCUAUUUCAAUAUUGCAUUAUAUUAAUGGUUUCCUAGUUAGUACAUUCCAGUUCUUUAUCUGAACACAAGUUUGUUAGGUUUUUUUGUUGUUUUGUUUUGGUUACUUCCAGUUUGUUGGACCAGAAUAAUAAAGCACUUAAGAUGUAGUUUCUAUAUGAUCUUAUGCUAUAUAAACAGUGAUUAUGUAAAUUAUUAAAUUGAUACACAGACCUUUAAAAAAAUAACUAAGGUACCUCAGUGGUGUCUGCUACAGUGCUUUUUUUGUUUGUUUGUUUCAAUUACUUUUGUUCAUACCCUUUUAGCUAAGAAGUAGUAUCUUUUGCAUACUCAGGUUAGCUGGUUAGCUAGCAAAAGAAUUAAACAUUUGUGAUAUUUAGUUGAAAACUUUACUAAAGCCAUAUUCAUUUUCUCCCUUGUCCCUAAGGCUGUUGACCUUAAAUAAAGAUUAGGUUGAUCUAGCACAACACUGUGUAUGUGUGUGUAUGUGUGUGUGUGCAUGUGUGUAAGAUUAUUGGAAAUAUUAUGUUUAUUCCCACAUAUAUCCAUUUUUAAUCCAUUAUAUAACUUGGGGGAGUUGGGGCCAGGGAAGGUAGGAAAAAUUUUAUUUCUUUUGUUAGGUCUUCAAGGUAUUUCAUUAGUGUUCCUGAGUGAAACAGUUUUUUCCCCAAAUACUUAUGGCAGGUAAGAUCAUGUUUGUAAAUAAUAGAUUAGCACUGUUUUGGUAAAUUUGCAUUCAGGUAUUUUGUUGGACAAGUUCAUUGUCAUGUAAAGCAAAUAUCUAAAAAUUCAUUUUACAUUUAGCAAAGAAAGAUGCAAGAUUUGUUUUUAGAGUUUGAGAGGAAUUUUCCUUGUCUUCCACCUUUCAAUAAAUACUAAAAUUGAUAACUGUAA